AUGUCAUCGCUCAAUUCUAAUAAUGCAACAUACUCUGAUAACGAUACAAUGGUCAUUCUUUAUCAAAAUCAUUCAUAUUGCGACUGGAGAGUAACAUUGUCGUGUGAAGAUGGUCAAAUGUAUAAAUCAUUAUACGUAUUAAAUUUCAUCAUAAUAUUUUUGAUUGCAACUGGAUGUAUGGUAUUACUUUGGUAUAGAAUUAAUCGACAAGGAUGUUCUAUAUUCUUUCCAAAAAUACCUGGAACCGGUUUUAUUAGACCAAAUCCCGUUGAAGGAUUUUUAGUUUGGGUAAUAUUUUGGAUGAUUGGAAGAUUAUUAUUCAUUAUGAUUAUUUGGACGGAUUCAUUUGAUAAUAAUUAUUUGAUACGAGAAAUAUUACAAGAAUUGUGUUGGACAUGUGGCUCAACAGGUUAUGCAUGGUUCGUUAUUGGAACGUAUUUACAAAUCGGAAGUCAUUUAAAUUCAAGGCAAAGACCAUGGCGUCCAAAUAGUAAAUUAACUGAUAGAUAUCUUUUAUUGAUAACAAUAAUUGCACCAAUCUCGAUAUGGCCAAUUACGAUUGCAUGUGGUUAUUUUAGAGACAAUAAAAAUGACAGAGUAGCAGAUAUAUUAAUAUCGACAAAAGAUGCAUUAUGGGGUUUAUGGAGUGGAUUUGGCGCAUUGGGAGUAUUUUACUUUGGUAAAGAAUUAUGUAACGUCUUAAGAUAUCAUAUUAAUGUUGCAAGAAGAAGUAAUCAUAUUACUAUUGCAAGAGUGGAACGAAUGCAAACUGGUUUGGAAAAGAUUAGAUUUACUUUAUAUAUUAUAAUGGCGACUAAUAUAUAUUUUGUAAUAUAUUGUCUAAUUUCUUCCGUAUAUCGCGUAUGGAUAAUUACACAUUCUAAGCCAUUAAAUAUAUUCAUGUUUUUAACUUACGCUUUUUUCACCCCUAUUUGCAUUAUUUUUGUCGUAGCCACAAUAAGCAUAAGAACAAUACAAAGUUAUAAAAGAACAACAUUAUUAUUAUCCACAAAAUUAUCGAAAAAUAAUACCCUUAAUUCCAUGGUUGAGAAAAACAUAAAUCAUAAAGACAAUAAGAGGAUUAAUUCAAAUUUUUCUCUUAGGAGAUCAUUAUCAGCUAGUAAUAAUUUACAUAAAAAACGAUCAAUUUUAACUGUUAACGGAACAGAAAAACAAAUUCUUCCUACCCCAGAAAUACCUGAAUUAUAUUCAAUUACUUCUGCAAUCGCUGCUAUGGAUUAUCUGAAUUUACCUAUUUCCCUUUCUACGGAUUAUUAUAUGACUGAUCAACAUCAAUUUGACGAUUUAGUUGCUUACACUCAAUUUAACAAUGACGUUAAAUUACAAGCAGAAGAAAUUGGAAAGAGAGAAUCUGGAAUUGGAGAAAUAGAUGAUUAUCAAGAAUUACCUUCGAUGACGAUUGGAUUAACUUCUAACAUAACUUCUAUUAUGUCUUCUGGGAUUAAUGAAUUAGACGAAGAAAAAAAUGAUAAUUUGUUAAAACAACCUGAAAAGGUUGUUGUGAGACCUGAGUUAUGA